ACCACCUAGCGCCGUAAUGUGUGGUUCCGAUAAGAUUCCAGGAACCGCAAGCCUCUCAAUUCCUGCCUUUUUCAUGUUGUAAUCUUUCCAUUUCCCCAAGUUUCCAUCUUUUGAUUACAGUGGUAAGCCAUAUUUCUUCUUUCUUUCUUUCUUUCUUUCCAUCUAUCUUUCUUCAGAACAUCAUCUGAACUUUGAACUGAUGCUUCACUUGGGUUUGCUAACACCCUCCUAUAUCCACAUGCUAUAAUUGAUAACUUUUGUAAUUGCACGCAUUGAGAGAUAGCAGAGGGAGUUAUUUACUUUUUUCGUUUCUGGGUUUUCAUCAUUGUAGAAUUUCAUGGCAAUUUCAAUGCUUAGUGGAGCUGAGAGCCUUAAGCUUGUUAAUGGAAGAGCCCCAGUUGGGUUAGGAUUUGUGGGUUCAAAUUUCCAGUUUAGUUGCUUGCCUAAGAAGGGUCUAUUGUCUUUUAGCAAGAAUCAGAAGGCUAGAAUCUUAGCACCCAGAUGCAGUACAUCAGCAAGGCCUGCUUCUCAGCCUAGGUUCAUUCAACACAAGCAAGAGGCUUUUUGGUUCUAUAGGUUUUUAUCCAUAGUAUAUGAUCAUAUCAUAAACCCGGGUCACUGGACUGAGGAUAUGCGUGAUGAGGCGCUUGAGCCUGCUGAUCUCUAUGAUAGGAACAUGACAGUGGUAGAUGUAGGAGGUGGAACUGGAUUUACCACACUUGGUAUAGUGAAGCAUGUGGAUGCCAAGAAUGUUACAAUUCUUGAUCAGUCACCUCAUCAACUUGCCAAGGCCAAGCAGAAGGAGCCAUUGAAAGAAUGCAAGAUAAUUGAAGGUGAUGCUGAGGACCUUCCUUUUCCCACUGAUUAUGCUGAUAGAUAUAUUUCUGCAGGAAGCAUUGAGUACUGGCCAGACCCACAGCGUGGCAUCAAGGAAGCAUACAGGGUGCUGAAAAUAGGAGGGAAAGCAUGUGUCAUUGGCCCUGUGCACCCAACGUUUUGGUUGUCCCGUUUUUUUGCAGAUAUGUGGAUGCUCUUCCCAAAGGAGGAAGAAUACAUAGAAUGGUUUCAAGAAGCUGGAUUUAAAGAUGUGAAACUGAAAAGGAUUGGUCCAAAAUGGUACCGUGGUGUCCGCCGGCAUGGCUUGAUAAUGGGUUGUUCAGUGACUGGUGUGAAACCCUUAACAGGAGACUCUCCCCUGAAGCUUGGUCCAAAGGCAGAGGACGUAAAGAAGCCUGUAAACCCAUUUAUGUUCCUUCUGCGCCUCAUUCUUGGGUCUAUAGCAGGAGCUUACUUUGUGCUUGUUCCCAUUUACAUGUGGAUCAAAGAUCAAAUUGUUCCAAAGGGUCAGCCUAUAUGAAACAAGGAAAGAACUGCAAGAUGCUUCUGCUUUGUCUAUCUCGCUGGUUACAUGCUUUUGUUUCUCUGUACAAGGUUUUACAAUAAUUUGAUGCACAUCCCAUUUGGGUGGACAAUAUGGUUGAAGCUGUCUAGACGUGUAGCAAUUCCGCGGCUUUAAUAGAGUUGUUAAGAGUAGCGUGUAGUGCAUGCCUCUUAACUGCAGUCUUUUUGGUUGUAGAAAGUUUGAUUAUUUGUCAACUUUAUCCGAACGGAUGUUUUCUAUCACCAUCAAUGUAUGAUUUCUCCUGUUCUGUUAACGUAAUCGUUGUUUGCAGCGGUUGAAUAUGUUAAAUCC